CGUCUCAAACGAAACGGAACGAAGAAGGAGCAGCUCCCGCUCAGAUUUUUGUUUUCAAUUUUCGAAUUGAAAUAAAAUAACAUCCACUAUCUAGGGUUUGGUUUCUUUGUUCGAAUCUGUUAUCUAUUUCCGAACCAAUUAUGCGACGCGAACGUUAAUGGAGAAAGAAGGUGAUGCAUUAGUGGAUCCUCUCUCCAACUAUUGGGGACUUUCCCUCUUUCCUCAACCAUCUUUCCCACCCUCCAAACCCUACAACUCAGACCAAGAUCUUCACACCAUCCACACUCACCUCAGAUCCAUGGCCUUGCGGAGUCCCGCCAAACUGGUGCACCAGGCCAAGUCCAUAGUAGAUGGUAAUCCUCAACUGUUCAACUCUGAAAAUUCGAACCAUCCAACAUCUCAGAAGACAAAUGAUGCUGAAGGGGAAUUUCGUCGAAACCCGAGACCAGGGUUAGGGCUUAAACGUCCACGCUUCUCUAUGAAGCCAACUAAGAAGCCAUCUGUUGAGAGUUUGCUACCAACUCUGGACCUUGAUAGCCUCAAGGAUCCGGCGGAAUUCUUCUUGGCUCAUGAACGGUUGGAAAAUGCAAAAAGAGAAAUACAGAAGCAGCUGGGUGGUGCCUCAUUUGAGUCAGAUCAGGAUAAUGUGGCCGCUAGACCACGACAACGUCGACCGGGGCUUUUGGGGAAUAAUCAAUUGCCAAUCAAGUACAAGCAUCGGUAUCCAAAAGAAACCUCUGAUGAUGUUCUGUCCUCUCAAGAGACAUUAGGGUCUCAGAGUCUUGCUCCUGUGACCGAGAACACUGACAAAGGAGAGGCUAGUAUGGCAUCAUCAGAAAAAGAAGUAAUAGAUUCAUCUGGUACGAAAGGGAUUGAGCUUGAUGAAUUGUUGGAUGGAUUGCUUCAUUGUGAUUCUGAAGAUCUAGAGGGGGAUGGGGCAAUUACUCUUUUGCAGGAGAGGUUACAGAUCAAACCCAUUGCUUUAGAGAAAUUUUCUGUUCCGGACUUCCCAGAUGAGCAAAUGGUUGAUCUGAAAUCUCUGCAAGGGAACAAGUCAAAGCCAAGGAAGGCUUUAUCCGAUAUUGAUAAUUUGUUGAAAGGAAUGAGUAUGAAUAUGAAUAAGAAGACACCUCUUAAAAAGGCUGUACAGUGCCCUGUACAGCAAUUAGCUUCACCCACCCCUCCAAGAAGUCCAUUUGCUUCGUUGUCGUUGUUGCAGAAGCACAUUUCACAGUCAAAACAAUCAAUGGAUCCUUUUUCAGCUCAUGAAAUUGAUCACUUAUCUAGCAAAAACUAUUCCCCAACUCAUAUGGUAAAUCCAGAACUCAAUCUUGUUAGAUCUGCGAACCCGUCAAAUGAAUUGAAUGCACACAUGAUUGAAGAUGCUAUUGCUGUUGGUAAGGCAAGUACAGUUUUGGACACAGACAGAAAUGACACCAAUUCUUCUGAAAUUCCCAAGGAAGAAAAAUCUGGGAAGUCAUCAAAUAAACUGAAUGCGCCCUCAAUUCAAGAUAUAAUUGCAGUAGGUGGGACUAGUUUGGCUGAGGACACAGUCAGAAAUGGCACCAGUACUUCUAGAAAGUCCAUGGUGGAUAAUUCAAGGGAACCUAGGUUUGAUGUUAAUAUUCUCUCAAAUGAACCUCAUGGUGACAUGGAUGUAGAUGUUGGAGGCAGUGGUAUGGGUGACAACGAGGACAGGUCUAAUAUUGAGGCACACACAAUUGAAGGUGACAUUGCCGUUAGUAACACAAGUACAGUUUUGGACACAGACAUAAAUGGCACCCACACUUCUGAAGUUUCCAAGGAAGAUAAUUCUGGGAAGUCAUCAAAUAAUCUGAAUGUGUCCUUGAUUGAAGAUAUAAUUGCAGUUUAUGGGACAAGUUUGGCAGAGGACACAACCAGAAAUUGUACCAGUACUUUUAAAAAAUCCAUGGUGGAUAAUUCGAGGGAACCCAGGUUUGAUGUUACUCUUGACUCAAAUGAACCUCAUGUCAACAUGGAUGUAGAUGUUGGAGUCAGUGCUGUGGGUGAUAGGGUUAUGGAUGACACCAAGGACAGGUCAAAUAUCGAGGUGAAUGCAUCCUGUCAAUCUGAGGACAAAAUGCAGGCAGAAAAUAUGCAGACAUUUACAGCUUCUAUCCCAACAGAUGGCAUGAAUCUCAACGUACUGAAUCCUCUAGCUGAUCAACCAAAUCCUGCUGGAUAUGAAGCUAAUUCUGUGGAUAAACGUGCCAGAAGAUCAGAUGAUGAUCCAGAACAUUGUUUACAGGAAAAGACAGAUGGUUCUAUGGUGCCUGUUAAUGGACAAAAGAGAGUUAAGUCACUUGUGCAAAAAGUGUCCAAGAAUAAAAAACUUUCGAAUAGACACAGCCUUGCAGCUGCUGGUACAUCAUGGACUUCUGGAUUAAGGAGAAGCACCAGGAUCAGGACAAGGCCAUUGGAAUACUGGAAAGGGGAAAGACUGGUGUAUGGCCGUGUACACAAAAGUUUGGCUACUGUCAUUGGGGUCAAGUGCAUUUCACCAGGAAGUGAUGGAAAACCGAUUAUGAAGGUGAAAUCUUAUGUAUCAGAUAAACACAAAGAGCUUUUCGAGUUGGCAUCUCUAUAUUGAAUGUAAAAUAAGUUCUUCAGAUUUAUUUUCUGUAACAAACCUAGGUUCCCUUGUACUACUGAGCUGCAUGUAUUGCAUUGUCUAUAGCUAUAAUCACUUAAUCAGUUAAGUGGCAAGAAAACUCAAUUGAUAGUAAUUAAUUGUUUAAUCCCCUUGUAUUGUUA